CGUGACGUCGAAUGGGUAAAAAGGUUCCUUAAUUCAUUUCUUCUCUCCUCUGCUUUCUUUCACCGCAAUCCAAUUUCAAUCUCCCUCAGGCCUCAACAGCAUCUUCCUUCCCUUCAUUUCGCACGGACUGCGCUCAAUUCCCGAUGUAUCGCCAGUCAUCGUCGCCGUCUCCUCAUCCGAUGUACGCGCCGCCGCCUCCACCGUCGUCUCUCUACCCGAAGAUCGGCCAGUCCGGCCAUACUCCCGUCCCUCAAGCAGGCCGUCCCUUUCCCCAUCACCAUCACCAUCACCAGCCCCCGCCUCCCUCCUCUUCUUCUUCUUCUUCUUCUUCUUCAGGAUCGGGCAUACGAGUGACUGUAAAGCCAGAGUUCCGGAUCACUCCUCCGGUAAGGUUUCUUAUUUUUUUGAUUCCGUUACUGUAUUAGCGUAGUAGAGAUCA